AAUUUUGAACUCACGUUUGUUGAAUCGUGCCUUGGUAACGGCUGUCGCCGAACCAUUAGCCUGUUCACUGUCCAGAUCCUACUGUGCGGACGAUGCGUCGAAACAGUUUCAAACAUUUCGAUUUAAAUGGAGAAGAGAUGUAGUUAUACAUCUAACUGCCCAAGAGCGCCACUAGAUUGACUCAAAAGUUUAGUCCGUCUGAGUAGCAACCUCGGACCUUCACACGGGGUUGAAUCUGGAGCUAGUGGUGGCAGAUAUGUUCUGACUUGGAGGCGUUCUGCGUCGGGACGGGAUGAAGUCGGUGAUGCGGAGCAGGAGACGACGGCCGCUCCGACGCUUCUGCUGCUGGGGAUUCGGGCUGCUCGCGGUCGUGUGGCUGGUACGGGUACAACACCUGACAGAGACAGUGGCUUCGGAGUUUGAGCCAGCUGAAGGUGUCCACCUGGAGUGGUCCAGGCGUAAUCUGAUGCAGGAUGGAAUCGAAAACCACACUCUAGAAGCUCCCCGAGCAGCCAUCCAUGAGUUCCCUGAAGACAUCUUCACCAAGGAGCAGAGAAGGAAGGGGGCUGUGCUGCUGCAUGUCCUGUGUGCCAUCUAUAUGUUCUACGCUCUCGCUAUCGUCUGCGAUGACUACUUUGUUCCCUCCCUGGAGAAGAUCUCCGAGAAUCUGCAACUCAGUGAGGAUGUGGCUGGCGCUACCUUCAUGGCUGCAGGAAGCUCCGCCCCUGAGCUGUUCACCUCUCUAAUUGGUGUAUUCAUCACUAAGGGCGAUGUAGGGGUGGGAACUAUCGUUGGAUCAGCUGUCUUCAACAUCUUGGUCAUCAUUGGAGUGUGCGGCAUCUUCGCCGGCCAGACUGUGACUCUUACCUGGUGGUCUCUGUUCCGAGACUCUCUCUACUACAUCCUCUCAGUUCUGGCCUUAAUCCUGGUCAUCUACGAUGAGAGGGUUGUGUGGUGGGAGUCGAUGCUCCUGAUUUCCAUGUAUGGAGUUUACAUUCUCAUCAUGAAGUUCAACAGUCAGAUCGCGAGCUUCGUGGAGAGGCGGUGUGGGGCUCCCGGGCGCUGCUGCCUAAGGGGGGAGGCCAACCCAAACGAGAGGGCAGGCGAGGAGGGAGCCAACUGCAACACUUCCAUGGUGCUCCUGAGGAAAGGUCAGCCCAGCACAGGCCAGCAGGAGUCUCCAGUAGUUAUGGUGGACGAGUUACUGAUCCUCAAGCCACACCAGCUCUCCUUCCCAGAGGCGGGGCUACGCAUCAUGAUCACACCCCACUUCUCCCCCCGCACCCGCCUCAGCAUGGCAGGCCGCGUGCUCAUCAGCGAGAGGCAGAGACUGAUCAGGGAGUCGGGGCUAGGGGGCAGUUCGACGAAAUCGUUCGGCUCAGGGGGUAUCGAGAACGGAGGGAGCGUGGAGAGGCCCUUGGAGGACGGAGACAGAGGUGUAAAAGCAGCAGGCGGCCGUCAGCCUGAGGAGGAUGCCGGGGACGAAUUCUUCAGACCUCUGCAUGUGCCAGCUGGCUGUGCAGCACGAGCUAAGUGGGUAGUCUCAUGGCCACUGGGUGUGCUGCUGUAUUACACGGUGCCCAACUGUGUUCUACCACGCUGGCAUCGCUGGUUCAUGGUCACCUUCAUAACCUCCACGCUCUGGAUUGCCAUCUUCUCUUACCUGAUGGUGUGGAUGGUCACCAUUAUCAGCUACACUCUAGACAUCCCUGACUAUAUCAUGGGCAUCACUUUCUUGGCAGCAGGCACCAGUGUACCAGACUGCAUGGCAAGCCUCAUCGUUGCCCGCCAAGGUAUGGGUGACAUGGCAGUUUCUAACUCCAUAGGCAGUAAUAUCUUUGACAUCUUAUUGGGCUUGGGCUUCCCAUGGGUGCUCAGGACACUGGUGGUGGACCAUGGGUCAGCGGUGUUCAUCAACAAUAAGGGUCUGGUAUACUCGGUAGUCCUGCUGCUAGCAUCGGUCUUCCUCACUCAGGUGCUGAGCGUGUACCUGAACGGCUGGAAGCUGGAUCGGCGUCUGGGGCUGGGCCUCAUGCUGCUCUACUCCAUGUUCCUCCUGUGCUCCAUCCUCUUCGGGCAGCUUUAGAGCCUCCAGCGCACACAGCUUUCCGCCCUCACCCGCAUCCCACUCCGCCCGCUACUUCAGUUCAGCGUCCGAGCUAAAAUCGUUUGGUGCCGUUUGCACUGGAUGUUGUCAUU